AUGCCUGUUCAAAUGGUCUCUCGCUUCCGAGUCAAGAAACUUUCGCCCAAACACCCACUUCCUAUAUUUAAGGAGUCUCAGCUUCCAGACCUCAUUGACCCUGCUAACCUGCAAAGAUCUGUCCCUCAGAUAGAGACUGGCGUUGAGAAAGAAGAAGAAGAGGAGCAUGAUUUACAAGCUGCCAUUUCGGCGCAUCAAGCAGCCGUGACAACAGGUGCAAAAAUUGAAAGCUACAUCCCAAUUCCUGAUGCAUCAAAAGAAAUCGACCGCAAAGAAUAUGAAGCAUUAUACAAAAAGAAGUACAAAGAACCUUCCACAUUGAUUCGAUUCUCAUCAACAGUUGAAGAUACCAGUGGCUGUCCCUAUGUUAUGGAUGAAUUGGAUGAAUCAUUUUUAAAUAAAUAUAAUACAGACCAUACAACAUUAUCAGAAGAUGAUUUUGAAAAGAUAAUGCAUCAAUUUGAAUCCAUUACAAAAGAGAAAUUGCCACACAUCCAUCUGGAUCCUGAACACAUUCCUGAUUUCAAGAACUUUAUGGAACUGGUCCCCGAGACAUCCUUUCUGCAUACAAGAGCAGCUCUAUUGCUGGAACCUAUUUUUGGUCACUGGAGAAAGCGUAAGCAAGAUCGCCAUGGGCAUGCUAUCAUACCAGAGCUAAAGUACGAAGAACUACUCAAGAACGAGAUGGACCCAUAUGUCUGUUUCCGUCGUCGUGAGACGAAGCCUGUUCGCAAGACAAGACGUACAGACCAGCAAUCUUUGGAAAGACUUCGCAAGCUGCGCUCAGAGAUGGAAAUGGCCAGAAACCUACUUGAGAUGGUCUUGAGAAGAGAGAAGAUCAGAAAAGAAGGCAUGGUCUUGGAGCACACUGUAUUUGACAAGAAAUGCAAACUACGAGAAUACCAAAAGACCCUCGGUAUCAAGGAGGACGAAGAUUUGCUGCUGCCAUCCAAGAGAAAACGCAAGGCAUCCGUUGGCUCUGGUGCUACCAUCAAAAUUCCUCUGUAUAGGCUCAAAAGAGAUGAUGGCCGCAUUGAAAAAUCUCCUGCGCAAUUGGCCAUUGAAGCUGAUUUAGCUAAAAAGAAACUGUUAGAUGCGCCUUACGAAGAUCUCACAGAUUGCUCCUACCAACCCCUUCCAGCACCAUUAUCUACACAGUUCUUUCAACCGAUGGCAAACGGUGUUCGUUAUAGAAAACGUAUUGGGCGUGGUGGCCGUAUCUUUAUCGAUCGUGCUGGCUACAGUAGUAAUAGCAAGAAUGUAUCCGGCAAAAGCAAACCUGGCAUGGGAAUUACUGAUUAUGAAAGAAACAAUGCAAGCCGCUUUGAGUUUGAUUCUGACUCUAGCGAUCAGGAAUCAGACAUCGAAAUAGACGAAAUGCAAGACAGUUAUCUGAGGCAUAGAGCACAGCUUCUCUCGGAAAUGGAACUUCGGAGUCUUGUUACUAUACCAUUCUUGACCCCAAUGAAUAUGAUGAACAUCCAAGCGGCUCGUGCUAGUCAGGCUGCUGCUGUAGCUGCUGCCAACGCAGCUGCAGCUGCUGCUUCAUCUCAAAGACUGUCAGUUGCAACUGGUGCAUCCGUAUUAGAAAGCAAUGCCAACCCAAGCAGCAGAGCCUCUUCGCCCAAUUCAUCUCCUCAUCCAUUGAAAAGACAAGCAAGUAGAUCUCGAAUGACACCACAACAGGCUGCAGUAGCUAUGGCUAAUGGUAUGAUUGCUGCUAAUAUGGCUGCCGUUGUCAAUAACUCUUCAAAUCAAAAUCGAACUGCUGUCCAAAUGGCCAUCGCAGCUGCUCAACAGCAACAGCAACAACAGCAGCAACAAAGAGCAAACAAUAUCAAUGGUUUGCCAUCCUCAAUCAUGUAA